UAAACACAUUGGAUUUAAUACGGAUACCAUAGGUGAUCGUUUUUGUUGUGCUUUGGAGCUGUGCGUCAUGUACAUUGUAAAAUGUGAAACGCUGUGAUUUCGGAAGUUAGUUAUUGAUUACAUUGGUUUCAAACUUGCGGCUGGAUUUAACACCUUGUAUCAACUGUUUUUAAAGAUCGAUCAGAAUGGCGGAUUUUGUGACAAACCGAGCUGAGAUGAGUGCCCUGGUAAAGAAAUUCCAAUCAUACGGAAAUGACAGCAUGGCUUACUCAAGAGAUCACUUCGAAAAAAAUAAACGUGAAGAACGCUGUGAGUUACAGGGAGGUCGACUAAACUUCUUCGAGAGUGUCACACCUGAUCACAAUACGACUACCACUGUGGUGGAAAUCGAGAAGAGAAGAGGAACUAACAUACUCAUUCUAAGAUGUGGACCCGGUGGUCGUACGGUUAUAUUCUUGGAAUUUGACUCCAAGAGAUUAACAGACGAAUGGCAGGAGGCACUCUGUCAAUAUACUGGGCAGACACAUGUUCCUAACCCUGCCGUACGAAGAGUGAGGUCUGAGCUACCAGCUGUAGUGCGGAGGAGGAGAUUGAAAAAAACUCGAUCAACCUUUCCUGAUGUCGUCGAUGAACAGGUUGAUUCAGUUUCCUCUGAAUCGGAAUCGGAUUCAGAUUCUGAACAAGUUGAAGUUUCCUCGCAGUCGGAAUCGGAAUCUCCCCAAGAAGCUCCUCCAAAUUCCAGCCAUGACAGCUUGCUUAAUGCUGAUCUCAGGUUUGUAAUUCUUAUCAAUAUUCAUUUAGUGGUCAUGUAA